UCCACCAGCACCCGCGCGCGCCCGUGUUCGCGCAGCCACCUAACGAUCCUUUCCCGUGGAACACGCCCGCGUUCGCGAAUCCAUUUGGUGUUCCCUUAGAGUUGAACAUGCCGUGGGGACCGCCCGGCGAGGUGCCGUUCGGAGGCUUCGGCGGCGGGGCUGCGGCUCCGGAAGGCGGCAGCGGCGAGCCGGGUGUGUUCUUCCCCUGCGGCGGCCGCCCUGCCCCCAUGGACAUGGUGGUGUCGUCGGACUGCGACGCGGACGGCAGGGCGUCGUGCCUGCCGCUCGCGAGGCAGGUCGGCCUGCGGGCGGCGGUGGGUGGCAGCGGCGGCGAGGCCCGCAACUUCAUCGUCUCGCCGCUGUCCUUCCACGCGGCGUUCGCGCUGGUGGCCGCCGGCUCGCGGGGCGAGACGCAGCGCGAGCUCCUGGGCUUCCUGGGGUCGGAGUCGCUCGACGAGCUGCGCCGCGCCGCGGCGACGGCGCUGUUGGGAACGCUCCGCGACCUCCCGCAGACGUCGUUCGCCUGCGGCGUCUGGGUGGACCGGAACCGGGCGCUCGUGCCGGAGUUCGCGGACACCGCCGCGUCGCGCUACGCCGCGGUCGCGGUGUCCGUGGACUUCUUCUCGGAGCCCGAGCAGGCGAGGCGGCGAGUCAACGCCUUCGUGAGCGAGGCGACCAAAGGGCUCAUACGCGACGUCCUCCCUCCCGGCUCCGUCGACUCGUCCACCGUGCUCGUCCUCGCCAACGCUCUCUACUUCAAGGGGGCCUGGGCUCGGCCGUUCGACCCGUCGAGAACCUUCGCCGCGCCGUUCCAUCUCCCCGGCGGCGACACCGUGCGCGCGCCGUUCAUGACCGCGAGCCUAUUUGGGUUCAAGGAGCAGCGGGUCGCCGUGUUCCCCGGCUUCAAGGCGCUUAACAUGCCCUACAAGAUCGGCGGCGGCGCGCGCCAAGCUGCGUUCUACAUGCUUCUGCUCCUCCCCGACGGCGAGGCUCUUGGGAUCGACGAUCUCUACGACAAGGCCGUCUCGACGCCGGGGUUCAUCAGGAAACACACGCCUUCGGACGAGGUCCCGGUGGGGCGGUUCAUGGUCCCGAAGUUCAAGUUCACGUUCGAGUUCGAGGCGUCGGUGGACAUGCAGGAGCUGGGAGUCACCAGAGCCUUCGGAGGCGGCGACUUCUCCGGCAUGGUGGCCGGAGGAAACGGGCUUUCCAUCUCAGGAGUGUACCACAAGGCCACCAUAGAGGUGGACGAGCUGGGAACCGUAGCCGCGGCGGCCACGGCCGUGUGCAUUCAGGAGUGUGCAAGAGCACCGCGGCCACCGGUGGACUUCGUGGCGGACCGGCCGUUCUUGUUCGCCAUCGUGGAGAGGAGGAGCGGCGUCGUGCUGUUCCUUGGGCAUGUGGUGAACCCUCUGGCUGAGUGAUAGAUGGAUACCCGAGGAAGAGGGAACUGAACACUAUUGUGUACAGGAACAGCAGAAUAAAAUAGUGACCGACGUUAUAUA